GUUGUUUUUCGGCUGGCACGAAGAGCAGUUGGGCAGCAUACUCGAUGAGCUUGGGGAGCUAAUUAAAAGUUUAGUCAUUAGACUGAUAAAUAAUCAUAAAAUUGCAGUUUGGCAAUAUGAAGUGCCUGGCGAUAUUCGGAGUGAUUGUGGCGGUAUUUGCUGCCUUUGUUGGAUACGGUUAUCUGGUUUUCACGGAUCUGACACGUCCGCUGCCAAAGCCCGAGCUCAAAGACAACACAUAUUGGGGACCCGGGGAUGGAAAGAAUUAUGUAGCCGAUGAGAAAAUCUAUGAUUUCAAACUGAAUGUACCCAAGGCAGAAAUUGAUGAUUUGCGUCAGCAAUUGAACCGCACAUUGAAACUAACCGAACCGCUCGAUGGCAUCGCCUUUCAAUAUGGCUUCAAUAGCUAUGCCCUGGAGCAAUUUGUGCAAUACUGGCGUGAAAAGUAUCUGACCAAGUGGGAUGAGCGUCAGGCGUAUUUCAACUCCUUGAAGCAGUACACCACCGAAAUUCAAGGCUUGAAGAUUCAUUAUAUACACGAGCGUGUGUCCAAGGAGGUGGCUGCCAAGAAGAAGGUCUAUCCACUGCUGCUGCUCCAUGGCUGGCCAGGCUCAGUGCGUGAGUUCUACGAUUUCAUUCCCAUGUUGCGCAAUGAUCAAAACAUCACUGAUUAUGCCUUUGAGGUGGUUGCACCCUCGCUUGUGGGCUUCGGUUGGUCUGAUGCUGCCACUAAGCCUGGUUUCGAUGCAGCCGAAAUGGCCACCGUGAUGCGUAAUCUAAUGUUAAGAUUGGGACACAAGCAGUUCCUCAUCCAGGGCGGCGAUUGGGGCAGCAUUAUUGGCAGCAACCUGGCCACUCUAUAUCCGCAGAACUCGUUGGGUUAUCACUCCAAUAUGUGUGUUUUGAGUACACCAUUGGCCAUCCUCAAGAGCAUUUAUACCCACUAUUAUCCGGAGAAGGUGCUCUUCUCGCGCAUGUUCUACAAUCACCAUGUGCCCAUCUGGGAGAAAUAUAUGAGACUGAUUGAGGAGAGCGGAUACUUUCACAUACAGGCCACCAAGCCGGACACCAUUGGUGCCGCUCUCGACUCCAAUCCCGUCGGCCUUGCAGCCUACAUACUGGAAAAGUUCCAGACUUGCACUGGACCCGCUCUGGCGCAGGACUUUGGCGCAAUGGUCACCGUCUAUGGCCUGGAGGCUGUUCUCGACAACCUGAUGGUCUACUAUCUGAAUAAUGCAGCUACCACGUCUGGACGUCUGUAUGCUGAGACUUCGCGCAAAGCCUAUCGUGAUCUUCAGCUGGAACGCGUACAGACUUCCGUUCCCAUGGGCUGUGUUCGAUUCGCUCAUGAUCUGCCGCCAGCUACGGACUGGGCACUGCGUGACAAGUUUACCAAUAUGAAGCACAGCAUGUAUUUCCAACAGGGUGGACACUUUGCCGCCUUCGAAAUGCCAGCCAUGUUGUACAAUGAUUUCACGACAUUCGUUGAAAAGAUCGGACUUGAAAAUGAAUAAAAUUUAAAAUGAUGAAAGCAAAAUAUGUGCUUUUCUUACAAAAUUAA